CAGGGUUUAAAUUCCCCGAGGUCAGAGAUGUGAGGCAGACAGGGCACAAGGGGAGAAAGCCCAAGCUGCUGGAAACCAACUGGCUGGAGCUGCUGCUGGGAUCACUAAGACUGUUGUUGCAGUUGACUCCUCCAGCACCACAAAAGGUCAAACAUCACAAUGAAGGUGGCAGUUCUGUGUUUAUGCCUUAUCAGCAUCACUGCUGCAUGGCCAGUGAGUAAAACCAAGCAGCACGCCAUUUCUGCCAGUUCUGAAGAAAAAUAUGACCCCAAGGGCCAUCACACACGCAGAUACCACCACGUGAAUUCUCAGUCUUGGGAGAGUCUGCAACAGCCACAGAAUGACCUGGCGUCACCUCAGCAGACUCUCUACUCUUCAGAGGAAAGUGUGGAUGUCCCAGAACAGCAGUUCCCUGAUGUGUCAAGCAAGAGCCAUGAAGAUGUGGAUGAUAAUGAUGAUGAUGAUAAUGAUUCCAAUGACACAGAUGAAUCUGAUGAGGUUGUCACAAGUUUUACCACAGACAUUCCAGUAACUGCACCAUUCCCACCUUCCCCCUUCACCCGGGGAGACAAUGCUGGCAGAGGCGACAGCGUGGCCUACAGAAUGAGGGCAAAAGCCUCAGUGGUGAAAUCUAGCAAACUCCGCAAAGCUGCAAAGAAGCUCAUUGACUAUGAUGUCACUGAGGAAGAUGAGAGUGCCCUGGAUGCAGACAGCCAGCAAGUGGGGCUCUCCCAGGAGCAUCCUGCUGCCCACCGCUCCCUGGUGAAACACAUCAGCAGGGAAUGGGCUGACAAGAGCCAUCAGCAGGACAGCAGCGAGCUGGACAGCAAGCAGCAUGACCAGAGCCUGGAAAAUGACAGCCGGCAGAAGUUCGAUAGCCAUGAGGCAGACGAUGAUAGCAAGGCUGGUGUCAGAGAGUAUAGCCACCACAGCAUGGAAAGCAGGGAGAGCCAGGUCCGCGUUUCAGCCGAGACCCCUGAUGAUAACAGCAACCAAACGUUGGAGAGUGCCGAGGAUGCUCGAGACCGUCACAGCAUCGAGAACAACGAAGUCACUCUUUAAAGGGAGGCAGAUAUAGUAUCUCCCUUCUCUUCAAAUUCCUAACUGGGGGGGGGGGAUGGGCGUAGCUUCGUGUCGGGUAACCGUUUGUAAAUGUAGAGCGCGUGGUGACUUUUGGGGUUCAGGGCAGCUUCUUUUACCCAGUGGCCUCCCCUUGGCUGCAGGUGCGUGGGGAAGCAAGUCUGAUGCUGUCAGGCGCACAGAACGAGCGUUACCUCUGUGGCAUGCUGCUGUAUGUACUGCCAGCCUGCUGGAUUUAAAUAAA